AUAAAAGACGUAACACUAUUAGGAGCUCAGUAACCCGCCAGCUUCAAGAGGGAGAGUAUACCGUUCCCUUCCCUCUGCCCCCUUGACGCCAUCUGUCGGCCGUUAUCUCAAGUGUCUGCGCUGAGUGUCGCUUCGGACCUUCAGAGAACCAGAGCGGUAGCAGCAACAGACUUUUCAAGAUGACGCCUGACAACACCGUAUCGAAGCGCGUCACCCCUAACGGCACCAUUCCUAACGGGGCAACCAAUGGGAGCCUGAGGAACACCACCAGCGCCCAGAGUAGCAGUAAUACCCACGCCAUGAACGGAAAGAUCAGCAGGAGCAAUGGGAGUGUUUCCAGCCUCUCCAACGGUGCUACUAAUGGAGUCAUUUUGAAUGGAGAAAUAAAAAACGGGAAAAUGAAAGAAAACGUGAAGGAAAUGGGUGACUCAAGUAAAAUAAAGGCGAAUCAGUUGAAGUCCUACCAGCGUGCAAUAUUCACCGCGCUGUUUCUUGGCUAUGCUUGCUACACGUACAACAGGAAGAGCGCGUCCUAUGCUACUCCUACGCUCCUCGCUGCUGGACUCGUCACCACCAACACUGUGGGCGUGAUCAGCAGCUGUCAGAACAUGGCGUACGCUGUCAGCAAGUUCCUGGGAGGUGUUCUGUCUGAUAAAAUAAGUGCACGUCUUCUCUUCUCCUUCGGCCUUCUACUUAGUGGGGCGGCCACCCUCCUCUUCUCCCGCACUGAGGACCCGAUGGUGUGGGCUGUGCUGUGGGCUGUCAACGGGUUUGCUCAGGGGUGCGGCUGGCCCUCCUGCGCCAAGCUACUGAAGAAGUGGUUCAGUCCUGCUAACUUUGGCACAUGGUGGAGCGUCUUAACAGCCAGCAGUAACCUUUCCGGUACUCUUUCUCCCUUCCUCGCUGCCUACAUCAUCAUCUCCCACGGUUGGAGUGCCUCGCUUGUCUUCGCUGGUCUCGUUUCCCUUGUUAUGGCCGUCGCUGCUUUGUUAACAAUUGUAGAUGACCCUGAAUUGGCCAAUCUCCCCAGCCCCGCCCUGCCUGUAGACGCCCCUGGAAAGGCAGGAGAGAACAAGAAGGAGGAGAAGAAGGAGGAGGGGUCAGUGAAGAAUUUGCUUAGGACUCCCUUCCUGUGGGUCGUGUCUGCCUGUUACCUAGCAGUGUUCAUGGCCAAGACUGCUAUCUCUGAAUGGGGCCAAGUCUUUCUUAUCAACGACCUGGGACGCUCACAACUCGAAGCCAGUUCCUUCGUGAGCGCCAUGGAGACUGGAGGCUUCUUUGGCGGCAUCCUGGCGGGCGUACUCACUGACCGCAUCGCCUCUAAGGUCAAGGUUCAGGCUAAUGUGCGUCUGCUGGUGGCCGCUGCAUUCAUGUGUGCGUGCUGUGCUGGCCUGUAUGUGCUGAGCUUCGUGCUGACUCCUGCCUCGUCCCAGGUCGUGGUAUCUGGCGUGGGUGCAGUUCUAGGCGCCAGCAUGUUUGGGCCCAUCUCGAUCUACGGGAUUGUUGCCUCUGAGUCCUUCCCCGCCCACCUCUCAGGCACUGCCCAUGCUUUCGUGGCUCUGGCGGCGAAUGUGGGCGCGGUGUUGGCUGGGUGGCCGCUCAGUCGCGUGGCAAGGGUGUGGUCAUGGCGCGGGGUCCUCCUCCUCCUUCAGGCCCUCACCGCCGCCUCCGCCCUUCUCAUUGUGACCACACCGCGCCUCCACAUCACCACCAAGGCCAAGAAGGACUAGAGAGAGAGAGAGAGAGAGAGAGAGAGAGAGAGAGAGAGUUAAAUGACGACUUCGAGAGAGAGAGAGAGAGAGAGAGAGAGAGAGAGAGUAAAACAGUCUACCUUAUUGUGAAUUUUUUUCAUAGUACAAAUAGUAAAUAUAAUUGUAUAGAAACUAAACUAACAUAGUGAUGAUAAAAAAAAAAUAAUAUUAAUAAUCACAAUAACAAUGACAUCUUGAAUUUUGUAUUUUUUUUCGUCAUACUUUUUUUUUUGCUUCCAUAUUUCAUUAGCUCCUUAAUUAUCGUACUUGAAUUAUUGUUUCCUUUUAUGUGAAGACGCGUGAAUGUCUCUUUUAUUUAUACGAUAUGAAUGUAAUGUUUUUGUUCUGUG